CGAGUCCGACGGAGCGCCGCGUCGUUUCUGUGGCAACCGUGUGCGCGUCCUCUGUGGAGCACGGUGUUGCCGGAGUUGAUGGUGAGGAGAAAAAAAAAUGUCCGUCCUCUCUUCUCCAAGAGGGAAGGUAGAAGUGGUCCAUUGCCGAAGAACAGAAUCACAGGAUAUCUUUUGUAUCAAAAACCUCAUUAGAAAAUUUACUCAGAGGCUGUUUGGGAGGCUCAACAUCAUCUAUCUUCUAGAGAAGGCAAACCUCGCUGUUACCCUCUGCAAUGACAAGGAGGAGAUCAUGGCCAGCGCCAUCUUCGUGGACUAUCCCAACUGGAAUGUUGCCAAGCAGGAGGACUGGCUGUCCGUGUUCCGGGAACUUGACAGCGAGAUCCCAUGCACACCCCUGAACACGCUGUUUCUGCACUUUUUCGUGACUGUAGACGAGUAUGCCACAGGCUGCCUCAAAGAGAUCAUUCGGACUGUGUUCAAGGCAGUACCAGAACUGUACUUCAUAUUUCUGAUAGUGCCAACAUACGUGAGCCUAGGCUCAACUCUGAUAACUGUAUUUGACCAAGUGGGGAACAUGCCGUGCCUGUCGUACACCGAUGACUUCGCCGUGCACAUAUGUCGCAGGGAGGACCACUACCCUCAGCUGCAUAUUCGCAGAGCCAGGGUGGAAGACCACGACGAUCUCAUGCCGAUAUUUAUGCACUUUGACAGCACUCUCAGAGACAUUUAUGGCGACUACUUCCUGGCUGAACUAAUAGAGGCCCAAGACGAAGAGAAUCAUGCUGUGGUGUGUGAGGUGGAUGGCAAAGCCGUGGGGUUCAUGAGUGUGUGCUCCAGUGUGAACUUGCAGCUGCUGCACCAAUGCUUUGACCUGGGCCCUUUCCAUGGAUUCUGCGUGCCACAUCCUGGUGAUCUCCUGGAACCAUCGAAAGAGUCGAGUAUUGAGGAAAGUCAAGUCCCACUCUCCCUCCUGUAUACCCUCUCCCCUAUUCUUCAGAAUAAGAGAGCCCUGCUACCCAGACACCCCAGAUCAUCUGUUCACAUGAGGACGGAGUUCCUCUUCCUCCCCUGUGGCCUGGUAGGUAAGUCCCAUCAGGGGACGAUUAGUCACAUAAAGAAUGUCCAGAUUGCUGACGUUGUAGAGCAUGGCAUUGAAAGCAAGAGUGACAGCCAGGGUUCUCGCAAUGCAGCUGAGGAGCCAGGGGGAAGUGCUUCUGCAGAGGAGAUGAUCCAGGAAAAGGACGCUGAAGAUUCUUCAUGUGAGGACAUCGUGUCACCAUACUUAAGUAAAAUGUCUGAUGAUUUACAGGACAAUGAUCAGAAGUUCAGCUUGCUUUCCUUUGCCGGUGAUGAGGACGUCAGUUUGAGCAGUGAGAGCUCCCUGCCAUCCUUCCUGUUCCCUGAGGAAUCCUCCCACUUCCGCCCCAUCUACCUGGGAGAUUCUGACGCGUUUUGUAUUCAGCUCUUUUGUAUUGAUGAGAAGUAUGAGGCAAGGUCGCUGGACUUUAUGAGUUUUGUCUUCAGUCUUUUUCCUAAUAAGAACUACUGCUUGAUAUCCGUGCCCCGCCUCACACCUGAGUUCGUCCUCAUCCAGAACUUCGUGAAGGUUGUCCCAUACAACAAUUGCACCCUGGAGCAUGAUCUCUACAUGUUCCAUCGAGCUGGAUUGCUCAAAUCCAUUCAGAUAAGAUUAGCCAAUGCUGUGGAUGCUCCUGGUGUUGCAAAUCUCGUUAACACCCUCCUGCUGAGCAGAAAGAUACUGGAUGAUUUUGACCAAUACAACGAGGCUUGCCGAGACCCUGAUGGAACCCAGCUGCAGGUGUUUGUGGCUGAAGUGGCACAACAAAUAGUCGGCAUUGCAGUGAUCAGAAAAGAAAUGGAUAUAGAGUACAUACGAUCUCAUUAUAACAUUGAGGAUUUCAUCUACUUCAGCCACCAUCAGCAAGAAGAACAUGGGCGCUUGAACCAUUUUGCCCUCAACCCUAUUUUUCGACACUAUACCAAGUUUUUCCUAAAGGAGAUUCUUCGCUUAGGCCAUAAGUCAUGCCUCUACUACCCUGUCUACCCACAGUGCCGGGAGGGCAAGCUCCAGAGCUCUCGCUCCCACUCCCUGACAUCUGCCCUUCAUUACUUGGUUCCCGUGCGACCACGACGACAGAUUGUCUAUCCUCUGGAAAAGCUUGGCAUAAACGCUCCAUCAAAGGAGGUCUCCAAGGAUCAGGUGGGUUAUGCCUUGAACCACACAAACAGAAAACUGACAUUAGAGCCGAAAGUCACCGUGAAUGCCAGAAUUGUUGUGGUUGGCGCUUCCAGUGUUGGAAUCUCAUUCCUGGAGACACUGGUGUUUUGCUCUCACCUGAAAUUUAAUAAUCUCACCCUGAUUUCAACUAAUGGACUCCCAGGAAAAAAACUUUUGGGCAGCGAACAAAGGAGGUUUCUAGCAAGCGACCACUGUUUUAAUGAUAAAGAUUAUGCGCUGAUGUCACUGUGCUCCUGGGUUAACGUUGUGGUCGGUAGAAUGACGGGUCUGGACCGAGCAGCCAAGCACGUUGUGGUUUCCAAGACUGAGAUCGUGUUCUACGACCACCUCAUUCUCUGCACGGGGCAGCAGUACCAGGUUCCGUGCCCCACAGAUGCUGAUAUACAUCAACACCUGACGAACAGAGAGGUUCUGGAGAAAAGCAAGCUGCGGUACACCGGGAAAGUUCCUUACAACCUUUUCAUUCUCAAUGAGGAGGAAGACUGCGUCGAGGCACUUAUUUGGAUGAGAAACAACUCCAUCCUCACAGAAGGGACGGUCAUUGUCUAUGGGAAUACAAUCGAUGCUUAUACAACAGUCGAGACACUCCUACACAUUGGCAUGAAGGGGAGCUGCAUCUACUUCGUGCAUCCGCCAGCUGAAUCGAACAUAACCUGUAUCAACAACUAUGUCAUAGAGAGCGCCGUGGAAGACGCGCUCAGUGAAGCUGGAGUGACUGUGUAUCGGGACGCGCUGUUGGCCCAGUGGAACGAUGGCCAGAACCCGGAUCCCAUCUCCAGUGCCUGCUUCACCACUUCCACCAAGCCUUUCAGACUGGAGUGUUCAGCAUUCUUCAGCUUCUACAAGAAGAAUGUGGAUUACGAAACGUUUAAAGCUUUGAAUGACGCAUGCCUGGUCUAUGAUGGCCGGCUUGUGAUUGAUACUGCCUUCCACACCAAUGAUAUAGCCAUUAGAGCUGCCGGCUCACUCACCAAAUUCUCCAAUCGCUACUACUCAAACGAUUGGACUCACACCAAUUUCAGUUCCAAAGAAAUUGGCUUCCAGCUGGCAGCAGCCAUGCUUAGCCUCUUUGACCCCACCCUUGAGCCUGUGACAGAACCGCCAGCUGACCUAGACCGGCUCAUCCCCAUGUACAAGGGAGCCAAGAUCCAAGGAGGGAUUCUCCCUGGGUCUUAUCAUUAUCUGCAUAUUGCCAAACCCGCCAUCCCAAGUCCCUUGGAUGUACAAAGGGCACAGCCUGACUUUGGAGCAGAAAUAAUUACAGGCAAUGCGAAAGAGGGGACAUACUUCCGGCUGUACCUCAGCAAAUAUAGGUUGGUGGAGUCUAUCACAUGCUUUUCAAAGGAGCCUUUCCCAUCCCCCAACUACAUCCGCUUAUUUGGACAGCAUGAGCAAAUCCUCAACAACCUGUUCACUCGUUACGACGACAAGCGGAUCCCAGAUCUCUACAGCUACUUCACGGAGCCGUGGUGCAUGGCCCUCUUUCACGAUCGUUUUAUUGAUCUCAAGAAAGAGUUGCGCCAAAUCUUAAUCUCCAAGAAGGAUGACAAUCCUACCAUGGAGCAGAUAGCCUACAGGCUGGAGGAGGAGGAAAUAAACAUGAAUGAGAAGCCCCAGAAAUACCUCCAGAAGGUUUUUGAGGAGUCCAUCUACAAGAACCUGCUGGAAAAGAGCAUCCUGGAUUACCUACACUACAACAAGUACCACCUGCCCAUGUUUGCAUGGCCGGGCAUCAUUUAGCUGCAGCCAGCCUUUCCCUGGCAUCCCAUCAACCGUCAGGUCAGCCAGGCGCUCUACAGAUAGAAUACCCCCCCACACACACACCACACACACACACACACACAACACACACACACACACAUGCACACACACACACACAACACACACACACACACAACACACACACACACACACCCCACACACACACACACACACACACACACACACGCACGCUCUUACCCGCAUUUCCUCCAGUGGGUUCUCAGUGCUCCAGUAGGUGGCGCUAGCCCGUGUGGCACAGCCAAGCCGGGGAGCUUUACACACAGGCAAUGUUCUGUGUAGAAUGAUCCACUCUAGCAAUAA